AUGGCCACGUACCAGCUUUCCCUUUCCGACGAGAGCAAGGAGAGACUUGCCAAGGUGUUGGACUACUCGCGUACACUUGCCCACUACGGAUUCAUCCCAUUCAUUUUGUAUUUGGGCUGGAAGGCUAGUCCCACCAAGCCAUCUUUGUUCAACUUGUUGAGUCCAUUCCCAUCUGCCUAA